CACUUACUUGGGGAGACAAACGAGUGCAGAAAAAUUGUAGCCUCACAGAGACUAUGGAUGACAGAAAAAGCUCAAAUGCUCGAUUUCAAAAGGCUCGGAUUAGAAAGAGAGAAACCAUCAACCCAUGGCCUUGAAUUUCAUUUCUGUUUCUCUCCACCCGAAGCCUCCUAGUCCUAGCCCUCCGUUUCUGAACCCAAAACACAAAACCCUCGUCAAGCUCCACCUCCAAUACCCUCUCUCUUCUUUCAGAACAGCUGCUCAAUCCGAGGGAACUCAAGGUGGACGAGUUACAGAGGAGGAGGACCCUCCCACCUACUCUGGGUCUUCCUCGUCUGCUCGCACACAACUGGAUCUCCUAGAACAACUCACUUCAACGAGCUCAGCUGUUGAUGGUUAUGAGAGUGAUGGUAGCUCUCAAAAACUUACUAUCCGUGACCAGCUAGUUCAGUUGAUUGGGGGCCGGGAUGACGAUUUCAGCAUUCCAUUGGGCAAGGGUCUAAAGAAGGUUAGUCCCAAGUUCUUAACUACCUCACAGAAGAGAAACAUCAAGAGACAGGCUUACCUAGAUGAAGUAUCCCAGAGGAAUGACUCGGUUUUCUUCACCACGAUUGGAGCAUUUGUAAUUCUUCCACCUCUUGUCAUUCUAGGAAUCGCUAUAUUAACCGGUUAUGUACAGCUUUUUCCUUGACCGAUAUUUAUCAAUAAUAGUUGUACAGAUAUCACACUUCCUUGUGAACUCAAGAGAAGCAUACAUAUCUAAUAGCCGUAAGGUGACAUUACCGCAU